AUGCCUGCCGCCGGCGCCCUGCACGACGCCACGGGGAAUCUGGCCGCAGCCGACAUCCUGCACUUGAAGCCACCGGUCGGCACGCCGCCACAUGGAUCCUGCCCGCCGUCGCCGCGGGAGGACGCUGCCCAGCACGCGAUCGCGCAUCUCAGCCUGCGCUCCAGUAGCCCUGCACAUGAAGCCCCACUCCAUCGCCUGAGCCCAGCCCUGGACGUUCCUCUUCUGCAUUGCAGCUUUGCAGUCUGCAAGUACAAUCGAUUUUCAGAUCGAUGGGCUGGGCAUGCAGAGAUGCUAACUCUUGGUUCUCAUGGAGUCACGGUUAGCAUCACCUCAAAUAUUGGAUCAGAUGGUGCAGACAGGACGAAGUAUCAUGUAAAUACCAUAGCACGGUGCUCUGCAGGAAAAUCCUACUCCAUACGCUGUCAAGACUGGACCAAUCAAGAAGGGCUAUAUUGUAACAGAUUACAGAUGUUCACUUCUGCUGAGGCGAAGGCUUUUGUCGACAUCCCAAUGUGGAGCAGCAACAUGGAGGCUGAGUGGGCCGGCAAAGUGAAGGAAGAUCAUUGUCAAGGUUGACUGGAAGAAGUUCCCCGUUAACUACGAGCUGCUCAAGACUCGGGAGUGGCCUCACGGUGUUGUCAGGGUGAUACUACAUAAUUACUUUUUUUGCUUUACAUUGUCGCUGAAGUAGUGAAAUUUAUGUUAACACCGCUGAUGACUUCUUAACGAUGCUAAAACAAUGUGAUCUAUUCUGGUUUGAUGCUUUGAAGGAAAAUGGAAACUCCUGUUGUUUCAGUUCA